AUGACGCUGUACUCUUCGGCGCCGGCGUUCCGGCCCUUCAGCGACGACAAGCCGACACUCCUCGUAUCGUGGUGGAUUACCGCGCUAUGCUCCGUCGUCAUCACGCUGCGAGUCGGGGGCCGCUUUGUCCGCGUCGAGAAGCUGUUCCUGGAGGACAAGGUGACGGCCUUGGCGCUGAUCCCGUUGUCUCUCCGCAUGGCACUCAUCCACGUCGUCCUGGUCUACGGCACCAACAACGUGCUGCUUGACGGCCAGCAGCUGUUCGAUACCGACAUCAGCCACCGGGCGAUCGGGAGCGGUCUCGUUCUGCUGACAAGGCUUCUUUAUCCCGCGGUUCUAUGGGCGCUCAAAGUGGCUACGCUACUAUUCCUCGAACGCCUCGUCGGGUCGACGGGAAAGAAACGCUACACGUGGACGCUCCUCUUCCUGCGCGUCUUCCUGGCCGCGACCUUCGGGGCCGUCGUCGUCAGCGACUUGGCCGAAUGCCCGGGAUUCAAAAACUACUGGACCGUGACGCCCGACCCCGGUGGACGGUGCCGCCAAGGCUACGGCAACCUGCUGACGGUCGCGGUCUGCAGCGCGCUGACCGACCUCAUGCUCGUCAUUUUCCCCAUCGCGGUGGUCGUGUCAAGCCGGCUGCCGCUGGGGCGCAAGUUCAUGCUCAGCAUACUCUUCUGUCUCGGCCUGUUCACCGUCGUCGUCUCCAUAUACCGCGCGCCGCAGAUCGUGGGGGAGCACGGAUACCAAGCCACACGAACCAUGUGGGCGUCGGCUGAGAUAUUAGUUGCUACCAUCGCAACCAACGCACAAGCGCUGGGCUCCUUCAUGCGAGACACGGGCGUCAAGAAGGCCAAGUUC